CUCUUUAGUAGAUCCGUAACUGCUAGUUGCAAUAGCCGGGCAAGAUGAAGCGGAUCACCAAGCUCUUCCUCAUUCUGUGCGUCUUGUGUGUCGCCGAACAGACGGAAUGUUACAAAAUCCUAGCAAUCAUAGCGACACCGUCCUACAGCCAUCAAAUACCGUUCCAACGAUUAUGGCUGGAAUUACACAACCGAGGCCACGAAAUUCUUCUAAUCACGACGAAUCCCAUACCGAACAUCAAUCUGCCGAAUUUCACGCAGAUCGACAUCAGCCAGUCCUACAAAAUUUUUAAGGCACUAAACAUCGUUGAAAUGAAGUUCAGCGGACGUUCAUGGUUGCAACUCAUGGAAAAAUACGGGUUACCCGUCUGUCUGGCUUGCGUGGAAAACUUAUUCGACAAUCAGGAAUUCAAAAAGGUGUACGCUCCAGACAGCGACGCAAAGUUUGACAUCCUUAUGAUGGAAUACCAAUGUACGCCCGCCAUCGUAGGUCUUGCACAUCGGUUCGACAUUCCCAUAAUAGGAUUAAGUUCGACAGAGAUGAUUACAUUGAACGAAUACGUAAUUGGCGGAUUGAUUCUCCCUUCCCACGAGAGCACAUGGGAAAUGGAAAACAACGUGGGUUCGAAUUUAUCGUUUCUGAAGAGGUUAUGGAAUUUCGUGACACUAUGGCGAUUCAUGUACUUCACAUACAACCAAGAGUUUCUCGCUAAUCAACAACUGGCCGAGAAAUAUCUUGGUCCUCUACCGCCGUUAAUAGACAUUAUGAAGAACAAUACUAGUAUGGUUUUCAUUAAUCGGGCCACCGCUAUGACACCGGCACGACCGCAACUUCCAAACGUAAUCUCGUUUACGUCCUUUCAUAUACAGGAUGAAUUACUUCCUUUACCCAAGGACUUGCAAGAAUUCGUAGACGGCGCGAAAAAUGGAUUCAUCUACUUCAGCCUCGGUACCAACGCUAGAAGCUCAGAUUUGCCAGUGGAAAUUCUACGCGUAUUCUGCGACGUAUUCGCAACGUUGCCUUACAGAAUAGUCUGGAAAUACGAAAAGGAUUUGCCCGGGAAACCUGACAAUGUUUACACCGCGAAAUGGUUGCCUCAGCAAAGCAUUCUCGCUCAUCCGAACGUCAAGCUGUUCAUUUACCAAGGUGGUCGGCAGAGCAGCGACGAGGCUAUCCACUAUGGCAUGCCUGUUCUUGGGGUCCCGAUUUUCGCCGAUCAGGGUUAUCAAGUAAGCAGAAUGGAAGCUCUGGGCAUUGGCAAACGUUUGGAAAUUACAACUGUUACGAAAGGGGAACUUAAGAGUAGUAUCAUUGAGCUCAUAACUAAUAAAGAGUACAAAGAGAAAAUAAUUAAUAUUCGGAAGAUUAUACAAGAUACACCCUACGAUUCCGUGAAAAAUCUCGCUUGGUGGACGGAACAUGCGAUCCGUGCGAAAAAUUUGCCUUAUUUUCGCUCCACUCUAAUUUUCCAACCAUGGUAUCAACGUUAUGACUUGGACGUUAUAGUGUUCUUGACGUUCGUAGCCUUCCUGAUCGUUUCAACUACACUCCAUCUAAUUGUCAAGCUGACAGUUUACCUCCAUAAGCAAAUCUCUUCGUCUCAAAAACUGAAGACGAAUUAAUUGAACGUCAAGUGUCGUCGCAACUUAUUGUUAGUUUCAGUCAAUCGUAGAUGAAAUAUCUCGUCUCAAUGAGUGACAUUUAAGGAAACAAUCGUCAAGCUUUUCAAAACUUCGAGAAUCGCCCCGAUCGAAGGAUCAUGUAUAUGACCUAUGACCUAAAGAAUGUACAAUUAAUGUUAGAAUCUCAUAGUAUCUCAUAGUAUCAUCGGUCUUUUGAAUAAGUGUAAAUUUAUUAUAAAUUAUGAUCAACUGAUGAUAGUAAUUUCCGCUGAUGAUGAAAUCACACUAAAACUAUAAAUCAAUCUGUGGAAUGUAAAAACGUUAUCGCCAUACAAUGUAAGUUUUAAGUUGUAAGUUUUAGUAGCUAGUAUGAUGUUAUUGACCUUCUAUUUACGAUGUUAUUUUAUAUAUUGUUAUUUUCUAUUGUUAUUUUAUAUACAGAUAGUUAUUUAUUUAAUUAACUAUUUCGUUUCCAUUUGGGAACUGUACUUUUAACGCAAACAAGAUAAUAUUUCCACGCCAAUGUACUGAAUGAGAUACAAUAAUGUAAAUUAAUAUAAUGUAAAUUUAAAAAAUAUAUGAAAAUAAAUAUUGGUAGCAACGAGUUAAUAUUGCUGACAAUGCAUUUAGCCGACGGAAAUAAUACACGAACGUCCCAAAUCUGGUUGAACAAAAGUAAAACGAAACGAAGUUUUAAGUGAGACAAAAUGCAUUUUAACUGAAACACAAUUACAGAAAAGAUAGCAAAAGUCAAGCAUAAAUACGAGUUAAAAAAUAAAGAUAAUUUAAGAAAAA